AUUUGUCUAAACCAACUGGGGACAAACAAAGCAACCCAAUAUAAUAUUAGUAAUGAACACUCUUAACUUCUGGAAGUCUCAACUAGCAAUGCCCAAAAAUUAUAAUACUACUAUCAUUUUAGCUGCAAAUUGGAGAAUAUCAUUAAUUUCUCAAUGGUACUGAUAGUUCCAUUCACAGUUAUGUUGCAGUUUAUUCCAUAAUUUAUGGAUCUCAUCUUAUAUUUUAUAAAGUUGCUGAGCUCUUCAACAAUUUGCUCUUUUAUUGAUUUCUUAGGAUAAAGUAUUUUGAACUUCCAUGAAUAAAAUUGUUGGUAACCCCAUAGAUACUGGGCAAUAUUAAGAAAAUAAAGCGUUGGGUUAAGUGGUUUACAAAAAAAAAUAAAAAUGGAGAGUGUGUUGAGAGAAGGAAGGUCUCUUGCAGAGACUCCAACAUGGUCUGUAGCAACAGUUACCUCAGUUAUGGUUUUUGUUUGCUUUCUAGUAGAAAGGUCCAUUUAUUGGUUUGGCAAGUGGUUGAAGAAGACUAGGAGGAAAGCUUUAUUUGCUUCACUAGAGAAGAUUAAGGAAGAACUUAUGUUACUGGGUCUAAUAUCCUUGUUGCUGGGCCAAUGGGCCAGAUGGAUUUCUGAGAUAUGUGUUGAUUCAUCUCUUUUUAACAGUCGAUUCUACACUUGUUCUGAGGAAGAUUUUACUUCCCAUGAGAAAUUUGUGAUUAGAGAGUCUCUGCCCUUUUCAAACGAGACUGAUAUACCUCCAAAGGGAUUAUUCACUUCUGUUUCUCAUCGAUGUCCUCGUGGGCGCGAACCUUUUGUAUCUUAUGAAGGUCUUGAGCAGCUUCACCGGUUCUUAUUUGUGCUUGGUAUCACGCAUGUCCUGUAUAGUUGUCUUGCUGUUGGUCUGGCUAUGAUAAAGAUAUACAGCUGGAGAAAAUGGGAAUACCAGGCAAUUGACCAAGUAGGCGAUGAAAAUUUGCAAGCAAAGAGGAACAAGGUGAUGAGGCGACAAACUACCUUUGCUUUCCAUCAUGCAUCACACCCUUGGAGCAGAAACCGGGUUCUAAUUUGGAUGCUGUGUUUUCUUCGACAGUUCAAGAGUUCCAUACAAAAGUCAGAUUAUUUGGCAUUGCGUUUGGGUUUCAUAACGAAUCACAAACUGCCACUGUCCUAUAACUUCCACAAAUACAUGGUUAGGAGCAUGGAAGAUGAAUUUCAUGCGAUAGUGGGAAUCAGUUGGCCACUAUGGGGUUAUGCAAUAUUAUGCAUCUUACUCAAUGUUCAUGGGCUAAAUAUUUACUUUUGGCUUUCAUUCAUCCCUGUAAUUCUUGUCAUGCUGGUUGGUACAAAACUUGAGCAUGUCGUCUCUCUUUUAGCACUGGAGAUUGCAGAACCAGCCGGUAGAUCUACCAGGACUCAAGUAAAGCCACGUGAUGAGCUCUUCUGGUUUGGGAAGCCAGAAAUGAUCUUAUGGUUGAUUCAAUUUGUUUCAUUCCAGAAUGCUUUUGAAAUGGCAACAUUUAUCUGGUCCUUGUGGGGAUUUGAGCAGAGGUCUUGCUUUAUGAAGAACCAUGCAAUGGUGAUCAUUCGUUUGACUUCAGGAGUUCUCAUUCAAUUCUGGUGCAGCUACAGUACUGUCCCUCUUAGUGUCAUCAUAACGCAGAUGGGAUCAAAGUGCAAGAAAGCCUUGGUUACAGAAAGUGUGAGAGAGUCCCUGCAUAGUUGGUGUAAGAGAGUAAAGGAGAAGUCAAAACGCUCACUUGCAGCAAGGUCAGUUUGCUCAAUUGACGAGAUAGAUGAAGUAACCACAGUCGCAUCCCUCACUCUAUCACGGAGCUCAUCAGUUGCUUCUUUGGAUGAGGUCAAAGUAACAAAUGUCGGACACGCAGGAGAAGAUAUACUACAAAAUUCCAUUUCAGUCGCCGAUGACUUUUCCUUCCGUAUGUCGGAGUAUAUUUCUCAAUCAGCUGAAAAUACAUUUCCAGAUACACCUGAUCAUGAUCCUGUUAGAAAUGAAGAAGAAGAAGGAAAGUUUGAGACCCUCGCAGAUUUGUUACAAAAAACCUGAAUUUUGGAGACUUGGUUAACUAAUACAUGUAAUAAUUGGUCAUGUAAAUCUUGUUGCUACUUUGACAAAUAAAAAUAUUUUAACGACAA